AUGCCGUCGCCAUUCCUUACCCCCGGCUCCCACUCCGGCCUCGAUCAGCUCGCCCUCCUCCACCUCCGUCGCGACCAGGCCAUUCCGACUGUCCUCCGCCUUCAAGAUGAUCAAGACGCUGGCUACAAAGAGGGCAAAGUCGAGACCACUCGAUUCGGCUCAUUCCCCCACACCACCCUCGUUGAUCAACCAUGGGGAUCGCAAAUCGGCGCCUCCAAAGUCGACACGGGAUCGCGACGAGGCCGAGGACCUCAGAAAAAGAACCAGAAGCUCAAGCGUAAAGCAGACGAGAUAGACUCGGCCACCCCUGUCGAGGGCGAGAACACAUCAUCUCCCAAGGCUGCUGUCGCUGCAUCCAGCGGUUUCCUUCACCUGGUCUACCCCACUCCCGAACUAUGGACGACAUCCCUUCCCCAUCGCACACAGGUUGUCUACACGCCGGACUACAGCUAUAUCCUCCACCGUCUGCGCGCCCGUCCGGGAAGCACCGUCAUCGAAGCAGGAGCAGGCAGUGGAUCCUUCACGCACGCGGCUGUUCGAGCAGCCUUCAACGGAUACCCCACCGACGACUCGCCCGCGACGAAGAAGAGAAGACUAGGCAAGGUCUGCAGUUUCGAGUACCACGAACAGCGCGCAGAAAAAGUGCGCCAGGAGCUACACGAACACGGUCUUGACGGACUAGUCGAAGUGACGCAUCGCGACGUCUACAAGGACGGUUUCCUGCUUGGCGAUCCCAAGACUGGCAAGUCUCCCAAGGCCAAUGCAAUCUUCCUGGAUCUGCCUGCUCCCUGGCUGGCUCUGAAGCAUCUCGUCCGCCACCCGUCCGACGGUAGUGAAUCUCCGCUCGACCCCGACUCCCCAGUGUACCUCUGCACAUUCUCGCCCUGCCUAGAGCAAGUCCAACGAACCAUCAGCACCCUCCGCCAGCUCUCCUGGCUCUCCAUAUCCAUGGUGGAGGUAAACCACCACCGCAUCGAAGUGAAGCGGGAAAAGACCGGUCUGGAGUACGAGCGCGUCCGCGGCGCAGUAGUCUUCCCGAAGGAUGUCGACGAGGCCGUCACCAAGAUGCGCCAAGUCGAGGAGCAUUCCCGGAAAUAUCGCGAAAUGAUGCAUCAGCUAGACGACGAGGAGAACAGCACGCCUGCGGCUAAGCCCGAGAUUAAGAAAGAGCAAGAGACCAAGACCGAAGAAGAGGAAAUCUCCGCCCAACAACAACCCUCGACUAUCCCACCUUACAAGCAAGGUCGCUUGGUCCACCGCUCCGAGCAGGAUCUGAAAACGCACACAUCCUACCUGUUGUUCGCUGUUCUUCCCCGUGACUGGACUGAGGAAGACGAGCAAAAGUGCCGCGAGAAAUGGCCUCCGCAUCAGGUCGACUUGACUCAACCUGAGAAGCCCAAGGGGAGGAAGCAGCUCAAGAGGGAGCGGAAGGAGCGGGAAGAGGAGGAGCAGAAGAAACAGCAGCAGCAGCAGCAGCAGCAAGGGGAACCGACAGCACCGGUAGCACAGGAGCAAUCAGCCGCCCCUGAGCAGGCUGAAUAG